AUUUAUGGCAUAUGUACUUUAAAUAAAUUUAAUAAUACCUAUUGAAAUUAGAAGGUAUCUUUUAAAUAUAAUGUUGUGUGUAAACGUCUAACCUUGUCAUUUUUCUUAAGUUGAACUAAACAAAUAAAUAAAAAACCUAAGCCUCUGGAGCUAGAGUAUGCCGUGUGUAAUGGAUGGCAAUGUGAUGUCAGGAGGAGGUGUUCAUUUGUUUUGAAAUACAUCACUACCAACAUAUUUUACGAAAUUUAAAAAUUAGUUUCGUUUGCCGCUUGAGAAGUUGAUUUCAACAUGAAUAUAGGUCUUUCAAGCCCUUAUGAAAAUGGUUUGCUGUAUGCGGGUUUCAAUCAAGAUCAAGGAUGCUUUGCUUGUGGAAUGGAGAAUGGGUUCCGUGUGUACAACUGUGAUCCACUGAAGGAAAAGGAAAAGCAAGAUUUUUCUGAUGGUGGAAUAGGUUAUGUAGAAAUGCUUUUUCGAUGUAAUUACUUAGCUCUAGUGGGAGGAGGAAAGCAGCCACGUUAUCCACCAAACAAAGUUAUGGUUUGGGAUGACUUGAAGAAAAAGCAUGUGAUUGAACUGGAAUUUUCAACAGAUGUGAAAGCAGUCAAGCUAAGGAGAGACAGGUGAGCGCCAGAUAGUUUUAGAUGAAGAAAUGUUAGUCUAUUACUAUGUAGAGAAACUAUUUCUCAAGAAACUUGUACAUAUUUAUUUAGAACCUGUAUUCUUUCAAGUGUAAGUUGAGAAAUGCACAACAAAACUGAGAAACUUUUCACUUUUUUGUGUUAAUGGAAAAAAAAUCAUCCAUCCAACAAGUUAAACAAUUAUACUAAAGAAUGAUUGAACAUAUGAGCAUGCAUUGUUAUACAUACUGAUAUCUGUUCCAAAUAUCUUGGUGAGAAUGAUCCUAAGGAUGGUAAUCAUUCUAAUAAAGAUCAUAUUAAUAUGAAUAGCUAUGUCAUGAUUAACCGUGAUGUAAUAAAUGAAUACUUCAUUCAUACUCAUACUUGUAUUAUAUACAGAUUUAUUUAUCUGGUCAUUUUAGUACCAGAAAGUGAGCAUCAUUUUUCUUUAUUGAAACACCCUUAGUACACUGUCAGGGGAUAUUAAAAUAAAU